GAUUAAAUCGCCGCGCCGUCUCGCGUCGAGUCGACCAACCAACAGUCAAUCCAUCCAACAUGGUGCUGGAAAGUACGAUUAUAUGCGUUGACAACAGUGAUUAUAUGCGAAAUGGGGAUUUCGUACCCACUCGGUUACAAGCGCAGCAAGAUGCUGUUAACUUGGUGUGUCAUUCCAAGACUCGUUCGAAUCCUGAAAACAACGUGGGUCUCAUAACUCUUGCCAACGUUGAAGUACUAGUAACACUCACGAGUGAUGUCGGCAGAAUAUUGUCUAAGCUUCAUCAGGUUCAACCAAGUGGAAAAUUGUGUCUCAUUACAGGAAUUAGGAUUGCCCAUUUAGCAUUGAAGCACCGGCAAGGCAAAAACCAUAAAAUGCGUAUCGUUGCAUUUAUUGGAAGUCCAAUAGACAUUGACGAGAAGGAAUUAGUAAAACUAGCCAAACGUUUGAAAAAGGAAAAAGUGAAUGUUGAUGUUAUAAGUUUCGGGGAGGAGAGUAUCAAUAACGAAAUACUGACAGCUUUCGUGAAUGCAUUGAAUGGUAAAGAUGGUACUGGAAGUCAUCUCGUCACUGUUCCACCAGGACCACAUCUAUCAGACGCCCUGAUUUCUUCUCCUAUAAUUCAGGGUGAAGAUGGAAUGGGUGCAGCUGGUAUGGGUAGCGCUGCAUUUGAAUUUGGUGUCGAUCCAAACGAGGAUCCCGAACUUGCGUUGGCAUUACGUGUUUCUAUGGAGGAACAACGACAGCGACAAGAAGACGAGGCACGUCGAGCACAAGCAAAUGAGACUGCCACGAAUAAUCAACCGGAAACCAUAAAAGAAGCACCCAAUGAAGAGGCUAUGCUAAAACGUGCCCUCGCUAUGUCUCUUGAAGGGUCAGAAGAUUCAACUGCCACUACUGAUGACACUGCUCCAUGCAGAGGCAACGUACCAGAUUUCACCAAUAUGACAGAAGAGGAACAAAUUGCUUUCGCUAUGCAAAUGUCUAUGCAAGAUCAGCAAGAAUUAGAGUCGCAAAAAGAAGAAGCAAUGGAUGUAGAAGAAGAUUAUGCAGCUGUCAUGUCAGAUCCUGCUUUUCUACAAUCGGUUUUGGAGAACUUGCCAGGUGUGGAUCCACAAUCCGAAGCUGUUCGCCAAGCUGUUGGAUCGUUACAACAAAAUAAAGACAAAGAGAAAGAGAAGGAAAAGGAUAAAGAGAAGAAAUAAACAGCUUCUUUCUUAGUUUAAUCAUAUUCACACUUGUGACGAAAUUUGAGAUUUUGCAUUAUUAUGUAUAAUAUAGCUAUCUCUGUCUUGCUUAAAAAAUAUAUUAUCAAUUUAUCAAUUGAGAAACUGCCUAACUCCUAAUUGGCAAUAUUAUAUACAUGCAUUUUCGAAUAGUAAUAAUUAAAUAAUUUGAAAUGUGAAACCCAGUAAAUUGAAUCAAUCAUUGAUUCAAAAUGGGGUAUAUUGUAUCAUUUAAAUACAUGUUUUUAAGAAUUUCA